ACGCGCUGUUACGCAUUUAAAGAAAGAGCGGGAGAAUCUGUCAUCAGAAUAAUUAUCAAACCUUUCUAGAAAGUGCUGUGCUCAGUUAGUAAUUCUGCGAUGUCGCAUUUUGAUGCGAUUUUUGACCAACUUAAGUUGGAAGCUGCAAAAAUGGGCCCUACCUGGCUCGAAGAAAAAUUACGUCCAUUGCUUAGCCCGGUCGUCGAACCCAGAGUGGAUAUCGUUGAGGUGGCUCCGAAAACAUCGAGGCGUUCGAGGCCUCCAGUUCGUUCUGAUGCUGAAGGGGGUAAUAGCGGUCGGAGAAAAUCCAGCCCCAGUCCGGGGUUAAAGGCGUCUGUGAGGAAGAAGUCAAGUUCGAGCUCCGGAAGUCGGCAGACCGGAGCGGAGUUUGCUGAUAAUGUGACGCAGUCCGGGAGCACUUGUUCCAUUACGGAACAAUUCACUGAGCCUGUAAUGAAGGGUGAUUCUUUGCCUAAGGGUAAGACGGCCAAUUUAGGCCAGAAAGUAGUAAUUAGAGGGAAAAAGCAAGCUAGUAAAAGUGACGGCCUGCCGAGGCCUAUUUCUCUGUGUGAGGGUAAUGAACAAGCGAGUAUAUGUAGUUUAGGUAGCGCCUUAAUGAAAAAGAAAGGUGAGGGUUUGAUUGUAUCAGGGCCGAUUGAAAUACCUCAGGCAGUUUCAGAACAGUUACAUAAUGUUUCUAAGUCGGCUCAUUUUUUAAGACCUUGCAAUAAUACGGAAAAUCAGGCUUAUCGGGUGUUAGACGAGAGGGUUGAAAGGCCUGAAGCCAGCGAUAGUCAUCAUGAUACCGAGGUUGAUAACGGUGUGGUAGAAUUAGAUUUAUAUUUAGAUUCUUCUGAGGAGGAUUUUAUUCCUCCUUCUCCCAAUGUAGUUAACACUAUUAGCCAGUUUAAUACGUCAGUCAGGGUCACGGGUGAUCCAGUUUUAAAGGGCGAGUUAAGAAAUUUGAGGGAUAGGAAUGUUGAAGUAAUUAAAAAUUUACCUGUCACUAAUGAUGUUUUUCUUUUAGAUGGGAAUGAAACUGGGUCACGGCCUGAGAAUUCCCAGGGUCUUUUAAUGGUGGGAAAUGACGGCCUAAGUGGGGAGGCUUAUGGCCUUCAGGAAUCUUGGACGGAAAAUAUCAGGCUGGAUAUUGAGGACGGCGUUCCAGGGGUGGAACGUUUUAAUGCAAAGGGAGAAGAAACAAGGACGGAAAAAGGGCAGCAAUUAAUGACUAACACGGAUCCCAGGGCUACUGGUUUCCAGAAUACAGAGAAGGUUACGGCUGCAUCUCAAAGGAUUCAGUCUGCAGUGCCUCAGGACCUGAGUACAGUGCCAGCUAAUGUGAUGAUAUACUACAUCCCAACUAUUAGGUGUGAAUUGUAUCCAAAAUGUCAUAUGGGUAAUAAACAAUUUACUCCUAAAAGUAUACAUAAAACAUACACUCCAAGGUAUAGAAUUAUAGUUUUGCUUGAGCUCCAGUCUAGGGUAUCAAGUUAA